AGGAUAACUGAUCGCCUCUAUCGUAUCCCUUAGCCGGAUCCUUAGUGACAAAUAUACUUCUUGCCUUGUGUUUCUUCCUCCUUCUCUAAUACUUGUACUUGACUAUUCUGCUGAACCCAUUCCUCCGCGAGACCCCCUCCCACAUCGCAGACACAACCCGAUCACGCCAUCAAGAUGCCAUUGAACUCCAAAGCAGUCUAUUCUCGGCUCAACCCCGAUUUUGUCCCUUUCGCCAGUCGGAGAAGUACUGUACAUAGCACAAAAGGAAUUGUAACCUGUACUCAGCCAUUGGCGGCCGCCGCGGGCCACAGAAUCCUGAGUGAAGGAGGCAAUGCCGCCGAUGCUGCUGUAGCUGUCGCUGCGGCAUUGAAUAUUACAGAACCCUCAUCCACAGGCAUCGGUGGAGACAUGUUCUGUCUCUUCUAUGACGCCAAAACGAAGAAAGUCCAUUCACUGAACGGCUCUGGUCGCUAUCCUGCCAAUGCGACCCUCGAAAAGGUCAGGAAGGAUCUGAACCUUGGUCCCGAUGAGUCUGGAAAAAUACCAAUGACCAGCGUCCUCGCUGUGUCUACUCCCGGUGCAGCGGCAGGGUGGGUUGAUACUGUGGAGAAGUUCGGUAGUGGAAAACUCUCUCUGGAGCAGAUCUUGCGUCCUGCUAUCGAACUUGGUGAGGAAGGCUUCCCUGUCUCGGAGCUGGCAUCUUUCUUUUGGCACGAAAGCGAGCACCUGAUUCGCGCAGCAUCGCCAAACUACCAUGAGAUGCUCAAAGCUGACCCGAACGCUGAAAACGGUGUUCGGAGCCCUCUCCCCGGAGAAAUCCUGAAAAACCCCACACUGGCUAAGACAUUCCGAGCGCUUGCCGCAGAGGGAAAGAAGGGCUUCUACGAAGGACGUGUUGCAGAAGAACUUGUCAAAGUCGUCCAGGACCUGGGAGGCUAUAUCACCCUGGAAGACCUGAAAUUCCACGCCGAAACCGGAAGCCAGGAAACAGAAGCCAUCUCCCUCAAAUUCACCGGUCAGGAUAUCGUAGAGAAGCAGGCCGCCGGUACAACCGGCGAGGCUAACCAGGGAGUGGAGAUAUGGGAGCAUCCACCAAACGGACAGGGUAUCGUGGCUCUUAUGGCCUUGGGUAUUCUCGAGGAACUAGAGCGCACCGGAAAGAUCCCAAAGUUCACCGAGGCACAGCACAACUCCGCCGAAUAUCUACACGCAAUCAUCGAAAGCCUGCGCAUUGCAUUUGCCGAUGCGUCCUGGUGGGUCACCGAUCCCGACGUGGAAAAGGUCCCAAGCAAGGAACUUAUAUCCCGCGAAUACCUCGCGGAGCGUGCCAAGCUCUUCAACCCUGACAAGGCAUCCGAUAUCCUUGACCAUGGCAGUCCAGCCCACAACCACUGUGACACGGUAUACUUCGCAGUGACAGACAAAGAAGGAAACGGUAUCUCCUUCAUCAACAGCAACUAUGGUGGAUUCGGAACAUGUAUCAUACCAAAGGGAUGCGGAUUCACCCUCCAAAACCGGGGUGCCAACUUUUCGCUGACCCCCGGGCAUCCGAACGCUCUGGCCCCGCGCAAGCGACCCUACCACACUAUCAUCCCCGCAUUGAUCACCAACGUCUCCGACGGAUCUCUGCACUCGGUAUAUGGUGUGAUGGGCGGCUUCAUGCAACCACAAGGACACGUCCAGGUCCUCCUCAAUAUGCUUGCAUUCAACUACCACCCUCAAGCUGCGCUCGAUUCCCCUCGAAUCUGCAUCUCCGCUGGGACCGCCGAUGAUGGAAAGCCCAUCGACAGAACAGUUUAUGUUGAGGAAGGCGUCAGCGAUGCUGCGGUUGAGGACCUGAAGAAGCUGGGCCAUCAGGUCGAGGUUCUGGCUGGAUGGAAGAGAGGCAUGUUUGGCCGUGGACAAAUCAUUCGUUGUCACUAUAAUGAUGGGAAGCUGGUGUACAGUGCUGGUAGCGAUUUGAGAGGUGAUGGAAUGGCGAUUCCAGCCCUGUGAAGUCCUACUCCGGUGGUUAAGAACCUCAUUGUUACGAGCUGAGACGAUACUUAUCCUAGAAUGUGCCAAUGCAGCCUAACUAUAUCUGAUUCAGAGAUAUUCCACAGCGCGCUUAGAAUCCCAUAAGAUGAGAGGAACACAUGCCGAAACUUCCCGCUG